AUGAAUACUUUAUUACAACCACAGCCUCAUUCAUCUUUUAGAAGAAAACAUAGUAUACAGAAAUUUAAUAGAUCUAAUUUAACUUCGACUAGUGCUACUCCUGUUAGUUCAUCUCCGAAAGAUUUAUUUACAAGAGAGCCUCCAAAAAUUCAUUCAAAAUUAUAUGGCGAUGACUUGGAAAUAAAUCAAAGAGCUGCUAAAGAUGUAUUAUCAAGGUUAAGUAGUGAUGAUUUAAGAUCCGUUAGAUCUCAUUUAGAAUUAGCCGAAACUGCCAAUGGUGUAAGAAUGUUGGCUAAAAAUUUAUCAAGAGCUACUAUUCAAUUAGAUGUUAAAGCUAUUAUGAUUAUAACAAAAGCAAGAGAUAAUUCUUUGAUUUAUCUUACAAGAGAAGUUGUUGAAUGGGUUUUUUCAAAAUAUGAUAUAACAGUUUAUGUUGAUUCAAAAUUAGAACAUUCAAAAAGAUUUAAUAAAGAACAAAUUAUAACUAGUCAUCCAAUUGCUGAAAAACAAUUGAAAUUUUGGAAUAAAAAAAUAACAAUGAAAUCUCCUGAAUUAUUUGAUUUAGUUGUGACAUUAGGAGGAGAUGGAACUGUAUUAUAUGUAUCUAAUUUAUUUCAGAAGAUUGUACCACCAGUUUUAUCAUUUGCUUUAGGCUCACUAGGGUUUUUAACAAAUUUUAAAUUUGACGAAUAUAAAGAAAGAAUGAAUCAUUGUAUUGAUUCUGGAGUCAAAGCAAAUUUAAGAAUGAGAUUUACAUGUAGAGUUCAUACUGAUGAAGGAAAAUUAUUAUGUGAACAACAAGUUUUAAAUGAAUUAGUUGUUGAUCGUGGGCCAUCACCAUUUGUUACGCUGUUGGAAUUAUAUGGAGACGGUUCAUUAUUAACUAUAGCGCAAGCUGAUGGUUUAAUAAUAGCAACUCCAACGGGUUCUACUGCAUAUUCAUUAUCAGCUGGUGGUUCAUUAGUUCAUCCUGGUGUUUCAGCAAUCAGCGUAACUCCAAUUUGUCCUCAUACAUUAUCAUUUAGACCAAUAUUAUUACCAGAUGGAAUGUUUUUGAAAAUUAAAGUACCAAAUAGUUCAAGAUCAACAGCAUGGUGUUCAUUUGAUGGUAAAGUACGAACAGAAUUGAAAAAAGGUUACUAUGUAUCAGUUCAAGCAUCUCCGUUUCCAUUUCCAACUGUAAUAUCGAGUAGAACUGAAUAUAUAGAUUCAGUUAGUAGGAAUUUACAUUGGAAUAUUAGAGAACAACAAAAACCAUUUAGUUCAUAUUUAAAACCAGAAAUGAGAAAAAUGGUUCUAGAGAAUCCUGAUAUUGAUGAUGAUCAUUUUGACAUAAAUUAUACUGAUGAAGAAGAAGCAAGUGAGACAACAAGUGAAGAUAUACCAUAUUUACCAUCAAAUGGAGGAACACAGACACCACAAUCACAAGAAGAAAGAUGUUGUUUUGCCCAUCCACAUGCUAGAAUAAGUUAUUAA